AUGGUAGCUGAUGAGGCAGAGUCUCCAGAAGAGUAUUUGAGAGGCCACAACACUGCACGAGCAAGCGUUGGGGUUCCUCCGCUGAAGUGGGAUGUGAAACUAGAAAAAAUAGCUCAGAAGUUGAUGAAUGAAUACCUCACAAUCUGCCAGGGAAUAUUUGUGCCAUCCAAGCCCUCUAUGUACGGAAAGAAUCUUGCGUGGCAUGUGAAACCUGAACACUAUACAGCAGCAAAAGCGGUAGCAGAGUGGGUGGAACAGAAAAAGUACUACGACCAUAAAUCCAACUCGUGUAUUGGUGGUAAGUGUGAAUGCUACACUCAAGUUGUUUGGAGAGAAACUACUCAUGUUGGAUGCGCUAAACUUAAGUGCCCAAAGAGACUAUGCAUGUUUCUUAUUGGCGGGUGCACUCUUAUUGGUUGUCUUUAUAGUCCUAAAGGAAACGUUGAAGGCCAUCGUCCUUACUAG